AACUACCAAUUGUGAAUGUUUGGAGGUAGAUUUGGAGGUAUUUUCAUUAGAUGAACGGGGUUCUAUAAGGAUCAACAAAGUUUACACGACCAAGAAACUUCCGAUCGAUCAUGCAGCACCUUAAACCGAACCCCAACUGAAAAGGUGGAAACAUUUAAACGACAUAACCCUUCCGAGGUUGCAAAGUAAUUUUGUAGGGGUAUUGAUUGGGUGUGAUGCUCCAGAUGGACAUUGGGUCUUGGAACAACGUCUGGGGGACAGGAAGCAUCCGUUUGCUGUGCGAACCCAUCUCGGUUGGAUGAUUAUAGGUCCCAAGGGGGCAUCAAGGUCUCUACAUCAAGUUCAGUGGUGUCAUUGUUCUAAUGAUAUUUUGCGAGAUAUAGAAAGAUUAUAUAAUCAUGAGUUCGAGGAUACAGAUACGUCUCGUAAUGGAUAUUCUGUCGAAGAUAAAAGAGCUCUAGAAAUAGUUAGUAAUUCCUUUAAACUGGAAGGCGGCCAUUUUCAAGUUGGUCUACCGUGGAAGUAUGAUAGGCCAAGUCUACCGAAUAAUUUGGAACUGGCUGAACGCAGACUAGAGUGUUUAAGGAAAAGGUUUAUGAAAGAUAAUAGUCUUCUGCAGAAAUAUCAAGCUGUGAUGAAUAAACAUUUAAGUAAGGGCUACAUCAUUGAAGCUAGCAAGGAGGGAUUUGACCGUGAUGCUGUUUGUUGGUAUAUUCCUCAUCAUCCCGUUAUCAACCCUAAAAAGCCUGGAAAACUCAGAAUUGUUUUUGAUUGUGCAGCUGUCUAUCAAGGAUUUUCUCUUAAUGAUCAGCUUUUAAGAGGACCAAAUACCGUCAAUAGUUUAUUUGGUGUGCUUCUAAGAUUCAAAUUAGGUAACAUAGCAUUAGCUGCUGAUAUCGAAGAGAUUCCAAAUGAUGAGAGCAAACGCUGGUUAGAGAUUUUAAGUGAAUUUCAGAUGGUUGAGAACGUUUGUUUUCCACGUUGUGUAUUGUUUCCGCAAUCAGAUCGUUCGCUCCUGGAACUUCAUAUUUUCAGUGAUGCCUCGGAAAAUGGAUAUGGGGCAGUGGCAUACGUCCUCUCUUACAUUUCUGACACUGAGGUAUGUUCUCGUCUUGUUACGGCUAAGGCAAGAGUAGCCCCGUUAAAGGUCCAAACUAUACCACGCUUGGAACUUACGGCAGCAGUUUUAGCAGCUCGCAUGGGAUCCCAGCUGCAGUCAGAAUUAGAUAUUAAGUUUUGAGAGGUUAAAUUUUGGACGGAUUCCAUGAUUGUCUUGCACUAUAUUAGAAAUGAAAAAAGCCAGUUUAAAACAUUCAUAGCAAAUCGGAUUUCGACUAUUCAUAGUCUUAC